AUGAAUCGUUUAUCUUCUAUCUUUAGAAGAGAUUAUAUUCCUACUAGAGUGUCUUAUAAAACAAAAUCUGGCCCGAUUCAUCGGGAAGCUCUAAACAUAUAUUAUGAAAAUAUAUGUUUAGCAAAUGAAAUACUCGACCCCCUUCCGGAAAGCAUCGAGAUCAAUAAUAAUUUACUUGUAGGUAAUCUUACAAAAGAAGAUCUGUUGUUGGCAAAACUUGGGAGUUCUACUUUGAAUAAAUUAAAUAAUGAUGAUGAAAGAACACUUGCACUGUAUCUUAAUAAAGUUGUUAUAAACGAUAAUCAAAGUAUAGGUGUUCAGAAGACAUUUACAGAUUCACUUGUCUAUUAUCUUCUUGCUUAA